AGCUUCCCAUAUAUUUCAUUUCAAUUUUGAAGAAACGCAUCCCAAAAAUCUCUCUCUCUCUCUUCCAAAAUUCCAAUCAUCACUCAAAUUCUUCUUCUACAAUUCCAUCAUUCUUUUUCCGUAUCGGAAAUCAAUUUCUUUCUUCGUUUGAUUUGAAAUCGGAAUCUGAGAAAAGGUCCGGCGAGAAACGCAUCCAUGGAUCUCGGGUGCUUGGACUUGGGUUGCAUCUCUGUAUCAGACAAGAAAGGCGUCGUUGAUUCCAAGAACACCAGAGAAGACGAUGAUAUCGACACCGCCGCUUCCAUCAACUCCAAGAUCGGCAAGAAUAAAUUGUUGAAAGAGACUGGACAAUCAACAUCAAAUACUCUUAAUAGAUUUACAUCACAAAUUAAGAAGCCCCCUCACCGUAAAAGUUCUCCUCUCAACUGGUUCCCGCGCAAAAAAGUGGACUCCUACUUGAAAAGGAAAAUUAAAAUGCUGCAGGAAGUAGAUGGCAUGAAUUUAACACUUGAUGAGACUCUAGGUGAUUCUAAUCCACAUUACUCACGAGUCCUGAGAGAAAAGAUGGCAGCAAGAGAAGCUGCACACAAGGCAAUGGAGGCUCGAAAAGCUGCUCUGGUAGAAGCAUCUUGGUGUCGAAUUCUACGAGCAUCCAGGAUCCAAAGCAAAGAGGCAGAAGCCCAGUUGCUGAAAGCUGAAAAAUCUGCUGCUGAAGCUUUUGAAGCAGCCACAGCCAUAGGAGUUAUCAUUUAUGACAUACCAAAUUGCCCUAAGAAGCCUUGUCAAAUAGAGACAUCCUCUGGCAACGGAGGAGGGUCGACUACUCAUAAAGUCACAGCAUCUUUUGAAACUGCAUUUGAGGUAGAAAUAGAAGUAGCUGCAGCAGUCAAAACAGCAUUAGUUAGGCUUGCAAACUGUGCUUCUUUUAAUAAAGAUGAAUUCAAUGAACUGUUGCGAAAAAUCAGUCAGAACCCAGAUACAGGUGAAAAUACACAGGAAUUAUCAGAGUUUUCUUCAGAACAUGAAUCAGAGUCUGGCUCAGAACUUGAAACUGCAUCUCAAGAUGAUGGUUUAAGCUCUCAAGAAAUUGACUCUAAGCUACCAGUUCCAGAGAUAAAACAGAGGACAAAAAGGAAAAGGCUGUCUUUUGAAAGGUUUAAUAUGACAAAGCUGGUGGAGAUGAUGCUUGAGAGGCUUAGAUGUUUGCAAGAAGAUGAACUUUCUUCGCUUGCCACAAUAGUUGCAACUAGUGGUCUAAAUGCUGUCUUAGCUGAAGUACAAAACAGCAAGCUGAAUGGUCCAGGUUCUGCUGAUUAUAGCUCUACUGCAGCACUUAAUUUUCCACGAAGAAUGUCUUCCGCAGGAGCAGGGAACCUUGAGUCUUUCACAGACGGUCAUAUUAGGAGGAAGCAAGCGGAGUCAGAAUUGCCUAGCCUUGACAAGUUUUUGGUUAAGCACGUGACCAAACUCGAAAGAGAGGUGCAGGAAGCAAAAAAUAGUAGGAGGAAUGAGUCUAGGGAAGGAAUUGGCGGGAAUUCUGAUAGAAGUUCUGAUGGGAAGGUCAAUUUGGAUAAUAAUGUAACUUCCAUUGAGACCAUUCCAGACUUGGGGAGUAUUCUUUUGAAGCAUUCUUCUAAGUUAGAGAAAGAGAUUGAGGAGGCAAAAAAGAAUUCAGGAGGAGACUUCGGAAUGAAUAGUAAGAACUUGCACAGUCAAAGAACAUCUUCUGAGGCUGUUCCUGAUUUGGGAACUAUACUAAUUAAGCAUUCUUCAAAACUUGAAAAGGAAAUUGAAGAGACCAAAAGGAAUAACGGAAAAACAAUUGAGAUGAAAGGCAAAAAAUUGGGAGGAGUUCCCGAAGUCCCCAGCCUAGAUAAAUUCCUAGUGAAACAUGUCUCAAGGCUUGAAAAAGAGGUCCAAGAAGCAAAGAACAGGAGAAAAAAUGAACCAAAUAAAGAGGGCAGGGUCAAUUAUAAGAUGGCAAAAGUUGAUUCUUCUACAGUCGCACAAUUUGAUAAAACAGCUUACUCUGAUGGAGAAGAGGAAAAAGAAAACAUUAACUUAAAUGAAAUUCCUACAAUUUCUAAGAUGGAGCAAGAGGAACGUACCGUGGAUACAGGUGAGCCUUCAUUAGAGAUUGGACAAGUGAAUUUGAAAGCUGGAGAAUCACUCUCAGUUCAAUGUAAGAAGAGUGAAACAAAAGAGACGGAUAAUAGUUUAGACAAGAUCUUGGUCAAGCCAGUGCACAGGUUGGAAAGGUAUAAAAUUCAGGCCUUGUCAUCAGGAAGCAAUUUUGAAAGUCAUUGCCACACAAAGAAACAGCCUGGAAAAAGUACAGAUUGUGAGAGCUUGGACAAAGUUUUGGUAAAGCACAUCUCCAGAUUGGAGAAAGAGAAAAUGGCUCUUGGUCUAAAGGAAGAAGUAGUAAAGGUGAGGGGAAGUGAAACAAAAAUGCAUUCACAGAUGAAUCAAGAAGGUGGUCUGGACCAAAUAUUGGUUAAACAUAAGUCCAGACUAGAGAGAGAAAAGAUGGUUGCUGCUCAACAACCAGAUGACCAGAUUAGACACUCUGUCACUCGUAGAGAAGCAAGGGAUAAAGAGUUGCAAGAGGCAUGGGGAGGCUUAAGUUUAGGGAACUCCAUGAGGCCCCAUCAGUCAAAACUACAACGAGAUAAGGCUGAUUGGAUUAAGGCUGAGCAAGAAGAAAGAAGCAAAACUAUGAAGGACAUGUAACUUCUUUUAGUCAUUCUCAAAUUAGUCAGUGUGUAUUGAAAUUUGAUUUUUUAUCUUCAAUGAUCAAAUUUGAUUUUUUUUUUUUCUCUUUUCAAUUACUGUAUUGAAAUUGCUGAUGAACGUGGGAGAGGGGCUUUCCAUGUUCUCGAAAUUUCCCUUGUCAAUAGUAAUUUAAUAUCCAAUGUCAUACCAAGCCAAUUGUUUA